AACUAUCUACCGUCUCGAGGUGAGGCAGAUCUCUGAGGUGGUACAUUAUGGCUGACAUGCAAAAUCUGGUAGAAAGAUUGGAGAAAGUAGUGGGUCGUCUGGAGGCAGUAUCCCAGGUCUCUGACAUGCACUGUGCGUACGGAGACAGGCAUCCAAAAGCAGGAGCAUCUCCUUAUGUGCAGGCAUUUGACUUGCUGCUUGCCGGUCCUGUAGCAGAGUACCUGAAGAUCAGUAAAGAGAUUGGGGGAGAUGUACAGAAGCACGCGGAAAUGGUCCACACAGGUCUGAAGUUGGAGCAAGCUCUCUUGGCUACAGCCUCUCAGUGCCAGCAACCGGCAGGUAAUAAGCUUUCUGAAUUGUUGGCACCCAUCUCAGAGCAGAUCCAAGAAGUGAUAACCUUUCGGGAGAAGAACCGAGGCAGCAAGUUGUUCAAUCACCUGUCAGCUGUCAGUGAAAGCAUCCAGGCCCUGGGCUGGGUGGCUAUGGGUCCCACGCCUGGCCCUUAUGUGAAAGAAAUGAAUGAUGCUGCCAUGUUUUAUACAAAUCGAGUCCUCAAGGAGUACAAAGAUGUGGAUAAGAAGCAUGUGGACUGGGUCAAAGCCUACUUGAGUAUAUGGACAGAGCUGCAGGCUUACAUUAAGGAGUAUCAUACAACUGGACUGGCCUGGAGCAAAACAGGCCCUGUGGCAAAAGAACUGAGUGGAUUGCCAUCUGGACCCUCUGCUGGAUCAGGUCCUCCCCCUCCUCCACCAGGUCCGCCUCCCCCCCCAGUCCCCACCAGUUCAUGCUCUGAUGACUCUGCUUCACGCUCAGCACUGUUUGCCCAGAUUAAUCAGGGGGAAAGCAUCACACAUGCUCUGAAACAUGUAUCGGAUGAUAUGAAGACUCACAAGAACCCUGCCCUGAAGGCUCAGAGUGGUCCAGUACGCAGUGGCCCCAAACCAUUUUCUGCACCUAAACCGGGAGUCAGUCCCUCCCUCAAAGCAGCCUCAAAGAAAGAGCCAGCUCUACUUGAACUGGAAGGCAAGAAGUGGAGAGUGGAAAAUCAGGAGAAUGUUUCUAACCUGGUGAUUGAUGAUACGGAGCUGAAACAGGUGGCUUACAUAUACAAGUGUGUCAACACAACAUUGCAAAUCAAGGGCAAAAUUAACUCCAUUACAGUAGAUAACUGUAAGAAACUCGGUCUGGUGUUUGAUGACGUGGUGGGCAUUGUGGAGAUAAUCAAUAGUAGGGAUGUGAAAGUUCAGGUAAUGGGUAAAGUGCCAACCAUUUCCAUCAACAAAACAGACGGCUGCCAUGCUUACCUGAGCAAGAAUUCCCUGGAUUGUGAGAUAGUCAGUGCCAAAUCUUCUGAGAUGAAUGUCCUUAUUCCUACAGAAGGUGGUGACUUUAACGAGUUCCCAGUCCCUGAGCAGUUCAAGACCCUAUGGAAUGGGCAAAAGUUGGUCACCACAGUGACAGAAAUUGCUGGAUAAGUGAAGUGCCACUGGGUUCUUUGCCCUCUCCCUUCACACCAUGGGAUAAAUCUUUAUCAAGACGGUUCUUUUCUAGAUUUCCUCUACCUUUCUGCUCUUAAAGUGCUUCUCUGCUCUGAGAAGCACAGCUACCUGCCUUCACUGAAAUAUACCUCAGGCUAAGAUUUGGGGUGGGAUAGCAGGUCAGUUGAUCAUCUGCAGGAAAGUAUAGCUUUUCCAUAUCAGCUCAACCACACCACCAGUCUAUUCUUUUGGAAAUGCAGACCAGGAUUAAUGGGUUUUAGCUUUCAGCUUUUGAGGGUUAUUCUAUCAACAGUCUUUUGGGAAGAAUAGAACAGUCUCCAGGAGUUAACUCAUCAGAUUGUUCUUCACACAGGUUAAUCUUUUUCUAGCAGUGAGCAUGAGGAUAGCAGCAACUGGAGUGAUUCCAGUUGGUUCUUCUAACCAAACUAAUUUUUCACUGUUGAUAAACGAGACAAAAGUUGCACUGGACCAAAGGCUGAGGCUUGGCCAUCUAGCAUUCCAAGCAAAAUUGUUUCCUAUAAGCAUUCCUUUUAUUUUGCAUUCCAUCCUGGGUCUGCCUGAACCAUGAGAUAGUAGGUUGUCCUGUACCAGCUGUUGUAGCAGUGACCUGCACCCAGGGUAAUUAAAGGAGUCUUUAACCCUUUC